AUGGCACCAGUACCUGAAGUGGAACUGUUCGUUCCUGUGAACGCGAUCAAGCAGAAGACGCUCUCCAAGCCUGUGGUAGCCAAGACUGGCUCGAUUGUAUGGAAGACGCCCAAGGCCAGUGGUUUGCUGGAUCAGCUCUAUCCGUCUGAGGAGCUGACGCCUGCUAUUGGUCGUCUGUAUCCUACACUGCAAUUGAGUGAGCUAUUGGAGCAUGAAGCUGCCGACGAAUUGAUUCGCGACCUGGCCAUUAUUAUCUCCCGACGUGGUGUGGUCAUUUUCAAGUCCCAAGACAUUAGCCCUGAGCAGCAGAAGUUCUUGACCAACCGAUUGGGCCAGUUGACGGGCAAGCCCUCAACAUCAGGAUUGCAUGUGCACCCUGUCUACAACGCGGAGCGUACUAGCAACAACCCCAUUGACGAGAAGGGGACGCGCAAUCAAGACAACGAAAUUAGUGUGAUCAACAGUGACUUGUUCCAGUCGCUGGAGGUGUUUGAGCACUCUGAUGCCGACGAGUGGCAUAGUGAUAUUGCCUUUGAGCCUGUGCCGGCAGAUUAUACGUCGCUCAAGGUGCAUACGCUUCCAUCCACAGGGGGCGAUACACUUUGGUCCAGUGGGUACGAACUGUACGACCGCCUGUCGCCUGCCUUCCGAACGCUUGCCGAGAGCUUAGAAGCCCGCUUCCAUCCACCCGAGUUCAUUCAGGCUGCACGAAAACAGGACUUUGGCAUCUACCCUGGCCCUCGAGGCGCGGCAGAGAAUGUGAAUACGCAUCUCACGGCGGACCAUCCGGUGGUGCGAACCAACCCUGUGACGGGGUGGAAGACGCUAUUUGGGGCUGGUCAGCACUUUAGUCGCUUCAAGGGGCUAAGCACGACCGAGAACCGGUUCCUUCGCGACUACUUCCACCAGCACAUUGCACAGACACAUACAGCGCAGGUUCGUCAUCGCUGGGAGAAAAACGACCUGGCCAUCUGGGACAACCGAUCUACCUACCAUGCGGCUACGCCUGACUACUUCAGCCUAGGUUCCCGAUCCGGUGUGCGAGCCGUUUCUUGCGGUGAAACGCCGUAUUUGGACCCCGCCAGUGUGUCACGCAAAGCCGAGCUUGGGUCGAAGUUGAUUUGA